CAGAGUGGCGUUCCGGGUUGACAGUUCGUGUAGCAAAAUCAUCGUAUCGAAUGACAAGCGUAGAAGUUGUAGGCGAUCUACGCAGGCAAUUGUUCGAGGUAGUUUGUGCAAAAGCUCUGCUCGGAGUAUGUCACGGGCUCGGAAAUCACAAACCUAACGUGCAACAAGUUGUCAGUUCAACAUCACCGCGAAAUGACGCUCAAAUGUAACAUUGGAAGGAAACUGAUCGUCGUACUAUUGAUGUUUUUGCAUGCUUCACUGUCGUUAUCCGAGGUAACAGUUUUCACAAACUCAGUUCUAACGACCGAAGAUGGAAACGACGAACAACUUCUUUUCUGUGGUUACGAAAUCUCACCGCUAAUAGAGGGCGCAGUUAUAUCAGUUGAUUGGAAGAACGGAGUGCAUCUUCUUGCUCGAAAGACAGUCGGCGGUCCGUCGGCCGGGCAUAUGACGACCAACUAUCGCAAGUAUAAUAUCGUUAAUGACGCUACACUGCAGAUUAUCAACAUCCGACCGACUGAUACCGGUACAUACACGUGCCUCGUGGUUGUAUCCACGCCGGCUGGGGCUUCGUUCACCGACACGGCUACCACACAACUCACGGUGGUCGACGAUAUCACGGACAGUGGUAACGCUAACCCAAAUGGGGAGAACACCAAUUCGACGAGGUCAGUCGCGGAUGCCGGCGGUACAGCCGCUCAUGUGCGAGUACGAACUAUGAGCAAGAUUUUUAUCCUCGGGUGUUUGUUGUUACGGAGUAUCAUGUUUUGAACAUGUGUAAAUGCGAGACUAAGAUAUCACAAGCUCUCCUCCACUGAGAAGAGUUGUGCCACCAAGGCGGGGCCAGGGGAUGGGCACAUUGGGUCGACAGUUUAUAUUCGCAGUGACUUUAUAAGUCUACCUAAGCUAGUGACAAAUCGCAA